CCCCGGAGCUCGCGUCGGACAAAAAGUCAGUCGAGCAGUGAACGCUGAGAGCGACACACGUUUGUUCAGUUCAAGACCACAAACAUACAACCAUUAAAAAAAAACAUAGUGUUCAGUGUAACCCUCUUUGUUGGAUUUCUGGAUAUCAAAGUGAAAGUGUCACCAUACCAAUGAUCAUGAUGGAGGAUACCAAGUCCGAGAUCACCGCGACGAAGGCAAAGAUCUCGUUCAGUGUGGAAUCACUGCUAGCUAAACAACCCCCGACUAGUCCAGUGGAUUCAUUGAAGGACGAUGAUGAUCUCCCUCAGCAUCCUAGACUCCGUGCGCCUACUGAAUCCGAGGAGGAAGCUGAUGAAGAUAUCACCGUUGAUGAUGAUGAUAUGGACGAUUUGGAAAGUCGUGAAUCUCUAUCACCUCAGCAAGUGAUCAUCCCACAACCACUGCAUCCGUCGAUGGCGAGUAGAUUGAUGGGUUCCCCAAGUGGUCCACCGCAUCAAUGGCCCUUCCCUUGGCUCCAGCAACCGAAUGCUAACUUCCCGGGAAUAAAAUGCACAAACUCCCAGAGGGUUUUGGCAGGUAUGGGUUUUCCUAAUGUCAACAUGAAUACACCUCCGAUUGUCCGCUGUGCUCUGCGUAAACACAAACCCAAUCGAAAACCAAGAACUCCUUUUACAACUCAACAACUGCUGGCGUUGGAGAAGAAGUUUCGGGAUAAGCAAUAUUUGAGCAUCGCUGAACGCGCGGAAUUCAGCAGCUCGCUGCGGCUGACGGAAACGCAAGUGAAGAUCUGGUUCCAGAACCGACGGGCGAAAGCCAAGCGCUUGCAGGAAGCCGAAUUGGAGAAGCUGCGAUUGAGUGCGCGCCCGUUACUCCCGCCGACGUUCGGACUCUUUCCGGGCGCGCCGGGACAUGCGAUAUCGCCCUUCCUGGCGGCGGCGAUGGCCCAUCGGCCACAGUUUGCCUUCCCGCAGGAUGCCAUCAUGAACAUGCAUCAUUAACCAGCCAGGGGAGAUUUCGAGAAUCAGUGGAAACCAAAAAUUAAUAUUACGGUUGUGCAAAUUGUAUACAAAGUUUCUAGUGCAAAUCUAAUAAUAAUAAUAAUACUAAGAAUAAUCCAGAUAAUGUACAUUUUGUAUAUAAGCUUGUAUAUAACAUAAUUUUUUAUAAGACUGAUAAAUCUAGAAAGGAGCGUAGAUGAUUUAGCCCGGCGACAAUUCCAAUGCGAAUUGAAUCUCAGAUGAAUCUCAUGUAAAUAAAAUAUUUAUAAGCAUAUUGUUUGUAUAUGUGACAUAUGUAAUAUACUUACCUAUUGUAUAUAAAUGAAAAUGAACACAGACUAAAGACGAUAAAAAAAAUUAAAAAAUA